AUGAUUGCAAGAAAAUUUGUAGAUCUUUUAGAAGAUGUUUUAAUAGAGUUUAGUAAAGGUUUACCUACUGAGAACUGGAUUUUCCAUCAAGUUAAUACGGCGAUUCACACGGCACGAAUUGUAAAAAAGUGGUUACAGGAAAAAAAUAUAAACGUUUUGGAUUGGCCAUCAUGUUCACUUGACUUGAAUCCUGUUAAAAAUUUAUGGAUGAAGAGACAAAAUAUGUUAAUCACAUAUUUCUCGAAAAAAAUAAGAGAGGAAACAUCAGUAAGUAAUGAUAGCAGGUCGACUAUAACAGAGGUAGAAGCAGUUUCAAGAACUUUACAGGAAGAAAUACUAGAGAUUCCUAGUUCCCAAAAUGAGGACAAUAAUAAUUUACCAAGCUGUUGGAAUGCAAAACAGUUGAAGGAGUUUAAAAUUAAAUAUGAUAGGCUAUUUGUCAGUAAUCAGAAAUUGGGAUGUGAGUAUUGUUUAAAAAUGGAAUCAAAACUAAUAUCUCAGGAAUGGAAAAAAUGUAACGUUACGACAUCGGGGAAAGACAAAAUAGUGCAACAAGCAUCUUUAAGAAAAAAAACAUGCAUCGAUAAGAUAAACGAAAAAUUUAUUAGUUCUACUACAAGAAUCUUCAACACUGUUUACAGUCUAGCGAAAAGAAAUUUUCCGUUUUCAGACAUAGAAAGUGUAAUAGAGCUUCAAGUAAAAAACAGGUUGGACAUGGGAACCGGACUUCAUUCUCGACAUAGUGCAACUUCCACCAUUUCCAGUAAAUCAACGCUUAUAGUUUUCAUCAAAGUAGAAUCUUCUACAGUAGCAUCUUCUGAAAUAUCCCCAGUAGUAUUCGUAGAUAUUGCGGAACUUGACGCACAAGAUGCGAAUACUAUUUUUCAAAGUUUGUUGGGUUUAUUACUUGCUGUUGGAUUUGAUACAAAUGAUUUAAAACUGAAUUUAAUAGGAUACUGUUCUGACGGUGCUAGCGUAAUGCUCGGUUGUAAAUCUGGAGUCAGCGUACGAAUAAAAGAGAUGUUUCCAAAUGUUAUUAUUUGGCACUGUCUCAAUCACCGCCUACAACUUGUUUUAGAUGAUUCCAUAAAAGAUAUCAAACAGGUUAAUCAUUUUAAAGUUCUGAUGGACAAAAGAUAUUAUAUUUUUCAUCAAUCUAAUAAAAACCAAAAAGAACUGAAUGAUAUUUCCCAGGAGCUUAGUUUGGAUAUAAUUAAGAUUGGAAGAGUGUUAGGAACAAGAUGGGCUGCGUGCUAUCUAAUGCUAUUUAAUGCCCUUCAAGCUAGAAAUAUAAAUGUUGCCAGAGAAGAUCAACUGAUUAGAGAACAAUUAACGCUUUUCAAAUGCUCAAAGAUCGUCGCGGUCAUUACGAAAAAAAAUUGGAUGAAGUUAUAA